UCUUUCAAAGAUAUCUCUAGUUGAAAUUCUGUUAUAAAUUCGUAGUUAUUGAUGCCGAAUAAUCAGUUAUGAAAUUGUAUACCUUCAAAUAGAACAAAAGAUGAACUGGUGAAAGAUGGAAAAGAGAGUGGAGAAUUAUUACGGCGAGGUGUAUGACUUCAACGUACACGUUAGAGUCUGUCUCAAUUCCCAAAUUUCCAAGAACUAUGGACUCCCAAAAGCAGACACUUUACGCCUGGAGAAGCUGUUCAAUUUAGACUUGGUGGUAGGACUGCAUAGCCACUGGGCACGCAAGAGACUCGCUCAGUGCGAAUAUACGAAGUUGUUCGAUCGACCAGAACUCAGAAGCUUCUUUCUCCAAGAGAACCUCACCCUGUUCCAAUAUCAGGAUGAACCGAAUGUUCCGACCUUGUCUCAAAGGUGGCACCCUGAUGACCAGAAAAAGGGUAGGAGAAGUAGAAGGAAGGACACAAAUGGUCAACAAGGAGGGGUUCGAAAGAGACGGGCAAGUGUCAAAAGCAGGACAAAGAACACAGGAACUGCAGGAAAGAAAAGAGACAAAGAUUCCGCUUUGGAAUCGGGCACAAACUCACAGGAGCAAGACAACAGCUACGAUGCAGCUGGGAAUUGGUUCGACUAUUACGCCAGCCGAGACGACACCAAUAUGCCCCGCAGACCAGACCACGUGAUCACGCGCACCCGCAACGACAGUCGCCACAAUGACGACAGAAGCGACAGCAGUAGUUCACUCUCCCCUCUGCCCCCUAUUGAUUACAACCCAUUCCCAUCCAUCAUGCACAGUUACAGUGACUUCCAUAUCACCACUUGCAUCUAUGCAAUGGCCAAGAUAGGUGAAUUUGCAGAAUUGCUCGAGUUCCCCAAAGUCUAUUUCAGUGCGAGACUGAGUGUCCUGACAGCCUGUACAUGCUGA